AUGGAGUUGUCUGAGGCAAUAGAACGGUCUCGUGUAGAUAAUGUAUUCCUACGAAAAGGUCCUCGACAACCACAGCCAGGUUCACUGGCCCUCAUUGGACAUCAUAUGAUUUUUUCACCAUCUUCGAGUUCAACAAAUUCUCCAAGUGGGAAGGAACAUAGCAGUGAAUUUUGGCUUCUCCAUCGUGCAGUGGAUCGUGUCAUUGUGGAGCCAAUUGUUAAAGACAGCUUUAAUCGUAGUGGAAAGCUGAUUUUAAAAUGCAAGAACUUCAUGAUCUGCAUUUUUGAAAUCGAUGAUUUGGAUGAUUGCCUCGCCGUUGCACGUUCUAUAGAAAAAUUAUCUAAUUUAAAGGGUAUACAGCAUGACUACCCAUUUUAUUACCGAUGUCCUUUUACUGUACUGGAUAAUGGGUGGACUGCUUUUGAUGCUGAACAAGAAUAUGCGAAGUUAAUGAUACGGUGUAAAGAUGGAUGGCGUAUAAGUGCUGUCAACAAAGGAUUUCGAGUGUGUAGUACGUAUCCUGAAAUGGUAAUUGUACCAAAAGGUAUUGGAGAUGAUUAUCUUAGAAUAUCUGCUACAUUUCGAGAUGGCGGACGUUUUCCAAUAUUAAGUUUCUAUCAUGGCGAAACAAAGUCUUGUCUUAUCCGUUGUGGACAACCGCUAGUUGGCCCUACAAAUCGGCGAUGUAAAGAAGAUGAGACAAUCCUAAACUCUUUGUUGUCUUCGACAAGCAAGGGAGUUAUUGUUGACACACGUACGAAAGCUGUUGCGCAAAACGCUAAAAAUAAAGGUGGUGGAUGUGAGUCGCAAAUGUUUUAUUCACAGUGGAAAUACAUAUAUGGUAGCACUCCACGGAUUAGAGAAAUUCAUGAUGCGCUAGCCAAAUUAGUUGAAUUGUGUACGGAAACGAAUAUCAAUAUUGAUCGUUGGAUAUCUCGUCUUGGUUCUUGUGGCUGGCUUCAGUUUGUUUCUGACAUGCUAACCUGUGCAGCAACAGUAGCGCAAUGUAUUCAUUGUGAAGGCAUUCCUGUAGUGGUGCAUGGUGCAGAAGGAACUGAUUCAACUCUUUUGAUAACAUCAUUGGCACAGCUUCUGCUGGAUUCUGAUUCCCGUACUAUUCGAGGAUUUGAAUCUUUAAUUGAGCGAGAAUGGAUAUGUGCUGGGCAUCCUUUCUCCUAUCGAUGCGCUCAUUCUGCAUUUGCUACCGGUGGUAUCACGGGGCCGCAUGAAUCUCCCAUGUUUCUUUGCUUUUUGGAUUGUGUUUGGCAGGUAUACCAGCAGUUUCCGUGUUCUUUUGAAUUUACCGAAGAGUUCCUCAUAUUUCUGUUCGAACAUGCUUAUGCUUCCGAGUUUGGGUCGUUCCUCGGGAACAAUGAGAAAGAAAAGGCACGAUUUGAAGUUAAAACACGAACAGUGUCGCUUUGGUCAUAUGUGAAUAAUCCAGAAAUAUUGUGUACCUACGUGAACGCUUUAUAUGAACCUAAUCCGGCUGUCCUGUGGCCCUGCGUUGCUCCACAAAGCAUAGCAUUUUGGGAACGUUUGUUUUUGCGAUGGAUUCGUGAUUGGAAGCAAAUGGAUGGUAUAAAGCAGACAGUGAUGCAAUGGAAAGUACGUGAAAAGGAAUUGCAGUCAAAAGUGCUGAUAUUGCGCAGACAACUUUUGGAACUGUCGAAGGACAUACAACUCACUAGCGCAGUCCACUGA